UCUAAUCAAAAAAAAAAAGAAAGAAAAGAUAUCAAAAGUUUUCAAUUGUGGUUUGGUGGUAGAAGAGUAAUCCUGCUGGCCGAGGAGAAAUCCGGUCUUGGAGGUGGUUAAUACGGAUUCCCCUUGUUAAAUCUCUUAUCUUUCUAUCUUGUCUCUUGGGUGUUUCACUUGGGAUUCUCAUUUUGGGAUAUCUAGUUUGUUCUCUUAGAACUUUGAGGGAAACUCUCUUGAGUGACUACCAAAUUGAGUGAAACACGUGUGUGGGCAAGGACAAACAACUGAGUGUGAGAGGGUUUUAAUCUAACUUUACCUUGUCUAAGUUUUCAGGUAGCCAUGGAUAGUGAAGAAGAAAGAAACCGACCCGGAAACUCAUAUGCCGGACUAUCUAACUUGCAAAUGCGUGCUCUCAAUGAUUCUAUGUCUAACUUGUUGAAUACAGGUUUGGAGGCGAUCCAUCAGAGGCUUGAUGAACUUCAGGGCCGUCCAACUCAGUCACGUACCAGAACCAGACGUGACCAUCCAAGGAGGAACAGCCGGUCCGACCUAGAAAUCCGAGAAGAGUCUUAUGAUGAUGAUCGAUCCAUCAACCGUCCAAGGAGAGUUCCUAGGCAUCAAAACCGAGGUGAUGUCAAUCCUUUUGGUAGAAAUGAAAGAACCAAUGAUGGCUUGAGUGGUUUGAAAUUGAAAAUUCCAAGUUAUGAUGGCAAAAAUGAUCCGGAUGCUUUUCUUGAAUGGGAAAGAAAAAUUGAACUUGUGUUUGAUUGCCAAAAUUUUUCUGAUAUUAAAAAGGUUAGACUUGCUGCUGCUGAGUUUACUGGCUAUGCUAUUAACUGGUAUGAUCGAGUUGUGACUAGCAGGAGGAGAGCAGGUGAGGCGCCAGUUGAUACAUGGGAUGAGCUUUCCAUGCUGAUGCGGAGACGCUUUGUUCCCGACCAUUACCACCGAGAUUUACACCAUAAACUUAGGCGUUUGCUUCAAGGUUCUAAGUCAGUUGAGGACUAUCACCAGGAGAUGGAAACCUUAAUGAUCAAGGCUGAUGUAGAAGAGCCCUUAGACGCCACCAUGGCCAGAUUUCUUACCGGGCUCAACCGGGACAUACAAGACCGCAUGGAGCUGGAAGAAUAUGACAGCAUGGAGCAGAUGUUACACAAGGCGGUGCUGAUCGAGCAACAAAUCAAGAGAAAGGGUCUCACUAAAUCGACCUUUGCUUCUAAACCGACCUUUGCUUCCAAGCCAAACUAUCAAGACAAGGGUAAGUCUUCUUCCACAACAAAUACAGCUUUUAAGACUAAUGUCCCUGCUCGUGUUGAUAGAGAAAAGAAAGAAGAGGAUACCAAACGAACCAGAGACAUCCAAUGCUUUAGGUGUCAUGGCCUUGGCCACUAUGCCAACCGAAGUCCAAACCAAAAGGUGAUGGUGCUCUUGGAGAAUGGAGAAGUCGAAUCUGAAGAAGACAAGAAGGAUCUCGAACCAGUGUAUGAUGAUGAUGAUGAGGGAGAAGCACUUGACUUUCCGGUUCAUGGUCCCCUUCUUGUUACUAGGAGGGUCUUGGACGACACCACUGAUCCCAUCUUUGAUGAGGAGGUCGAUGGAGUGAUCGAUGAGUUUUGCUCGACUUUUGUGGAAAGUUCUGAUCCGAUCUAUGAUGAGGAUGUUCUUGAUGAGCCGAGCCAUGGUUCACUACUGGUUACUAGGCGUGCCUUGAGUGUCCAACCAAAAUCCAAUGACAAAGAACAAAGGGAGAAUCUCUUUCACUCUAGAUGUCUCAUUUCUGAUAAAGUUUGUUCUUUAAUCAUUGAUGGAGGUAGUUGCACUAAUGUGGCUAGUGACACCCUUGUAAAGAAACUUGGGCUUGUUACUCGGCCUCUUUCUCGUCCUUUCAGGUUGGAGUGGCUCAAUGAGGCUGGAGAACAGUAUGUGAAGGAGCAAGUCACGGUUCCACUCUCCAUUGGCCGAUAUGAGGAUGAGGUUGUGUGCAUUAUGCUUCCCAUGGAUGCUUGCCAUGUUCUCUUGGGCCGGCCUUGGCAAUUUGACAAGAAGGCAGUGCAUGAUGGUUUCACAAACCGGCAUUCAUUUGAUAAUAAGGGAAAGAAGAUCACCUUAGUGCCUUUGUCGCCCUCGGAAGUCCAUCAAGACCAGGUCCAACUUAAGAAGAACCGAGACCAAGACUCUAAAGCUGAUAAACCUGAGACCAGUACCAGAAACUCUAACUUCUUUGUCAAAGAAAGUCAGGUAAGGAAGUCUCUUUGCUCUCAAAAGCCAUUUCUCUUACUAAUUUAUAAAGAGUCUCUCUUGGCCUCAUCUUCUUCUGACCUUGCACCGGAGAUUCCGAGUGAGUUUUUAGGAAUCUUGCAGGAUUAUUCUGAUGUGUUUCCAGAAGAAAAUCCCAAAGGAUUGCCACCGGUGAGAGGCAUUGAGCAUCAGAUCGAUCUCGUUCCGGGCGCCUCUCUACCGAACCGACCAGCGUACCGCACCAAUCCGGUCGAGACCAAGGAGCUGGAGAAACAGAUCAACGACUUGCUUGAGAAGGGAUAUAUCAGAGAGAGUCUCGGUCCCUGUGCCGUGCCUGUUCUACUUGUACCAAAGAAGGAUGGCUCCUGGAGGAUGUGUGUGGACUGCCGGGCCAUAAACAACAUCACGGUAAAGUAUCGACAUCCUAUCCCUCGUCUUGAUGAUAUGCUUGAUGAACUCCAUGGUUCUAAGUACUUUUCUAAGAUAGAUUUGAGAAGUGGCUAUCAUCAGAUUAGGAUGAAAGAAGGUGAUGAAUGGAAAACGGCCUUUAAAACAAAAAUAGGUUUGUAUGAGUGGCUUGUCAUGCCCUUUGGUCUCACUAAUGCACCUAGUACUUUCAUGCGCCUAAUGAAUCAUGUCUUGAGGUCUUUUAUUGGUCAUUUUGUUGUGGUCUACUUUGAUGACAUUCUUAUUUACAGCAAAAGCCUUGAUGAGCACAAACAACACUUGAAAUCUGUUCUUGAAGUCCUUAGAAAGGAACGUUUGUUUGCUAACCUUGGAAAGUGUUCUUUUGGCACAGAUCAUGUGGUCUUUCUAGGUUUUGUUGUAGGUGCAGAUGGCUUGAGAGUGGACGAGCAGAAGGUCCAAGCAAUCUGGGACUGGCCAAUUCCGACCACCAUUGGUGAAGUAAGAAGCUUCCAUGGCCUUGCCGGCUUCUAUAGGCGAUUUGUUCAAAACUUUAGUACCUUGGCGGCUCCUCUUACUGAAGUAAUCAAGAAGAACGUGGGGUUCAAAUGGGGACCAGCUCAGGAAGAAGCAUUCGAAAUCCUUAAAGGGAAGUUGACUCAUGCCCCUUUACUUGUACUUCCAGAUUUUUCUAAAGCUUUUGAAAUCGAAUGUGAUGCUUCUGGUGUUGGUGUUGGUGCUGUGUUGAUGCAGGAGGGAAAACUAGUGGCUUAUUUCAGUGAGAAGCUUGGAGGAGCCAUGCUCAACUACCCCACAUACGACCAAGAACUCUAUGCCUUGGUGAGGGCCCUUCAAACGUGGCAGCACUAUCUUUGGCCUAAGGAGUUCAUUAUCCACACUGAUCAUCAGUCUCUAAGACACUUUAAGGGUCCGCAGAAGCUCAACAAGAGGCAUGCUCGUUGGAUGGAGUUCAUUGAGACAUUCCCUUAUGUGAUCAAGUACAAACAAGGUAAGGAGAAUGUUGUGGCCGAUGCAUUGUCUCGAAGGUAUACUUUUCUCUCAGCCCUUGAAACUAAAUUGCUUGGUUUUGAAUUUAUCAAGGAUCUUUAUGCUUCUGAUCAGGAAUUUAUAGAGAUUUUUCAAAAAUGCCCAAAGAUUGCUUAUGGCAAAUACUUUCAAAAUUCUGGUUUCUUAUUCUUUGAUAACCGUUUGUGUGUGCCCCAAUGUUCUUUGAGGGAGUUGUUUCUCAGGGAAGCUCAUGGAGGUGGGCUUAUGGGAUACUUUGGUGUCAAGAAGACUUACAAGGCGGUUCAUGAUCACUUCUAUUGGCCAAUCUUAAUGAAAGAUGUGGAACAGAUAUGUAGCCGUUGUGUGGUGUGCAAGAAGUCUAAGUCCAAAUCUUCAAACCACGGUUUGUAUUUCGCACUUCCUAUUCCUUCUCAUCCUUGGGUAGACAUUUCUAUGGAUUUCGUGUUAGGAUUGCCAAGAUCCUUGGUUAAAAAGAAUCUUAGGCUUUGGGAAGAAUGUUUACCACAUGUUGAGUUUGCUUACAAUCAUGCAAUGCAUUCUGCUACAAAGUUUUCUCCUUUUGAAGUUGUUUAUGGGUUUAAUCCUUUGUGCCCACUUGAUCUUUUACCUUUGCCUCUGAGUGAAAGAGUUAGUACAGAUGGCAAGAGGAAGGCGGACACUAUCAAAAAGCUACAUGAACAGGUUCGUGCAAACAUUGAAGCCAAGACCGAGAUCUAUAAAAGAUAUGCCAAUCAGAAAAAAAGGAGGUUAUUUUCAAAAAAGGCGAUCUUGUUUGGGUUUACUUGGGGAAGGAGCGAUUUCCGGAAGAAAGAAAGUCUAAACUUAUGCCUCGGGUCGAUGGUCCAUUCCAGAUCCUUAAAAAGAUCAAUGACAAUGCUUAUCAGCUUGAUCUUCAAGUCCGAGGAUCAGUCCAUGGAAUCAGAUCAGAACGAGGAUCAGAACGUCCGGAACAACGCAACUGAGGUUCAGUCCAUCGAUCGGGCCGAACAUACUGCUCGGGCCGUGUAUCGUCUUGACCCGCACUCGUCCGGAUUGGAGCUUCAGCAUAACCCACGACCAGAUGUCCAAAUCAACCGUACUGAAGUUCGCCUUUCCUGUCCUGUUCGUCAUGCUAAAUCCAUUGGUCAAGCCAGAAGUGACGUUGAUCGAGUGGAAUCCAAAUCCGACCAUGGUUUCUCUCUCUUAAGCCGUCUCUGCCGAACCGGCGAUCGUUCUGAUGAACUGAUCCGACACUUCGAUCAGUUCAUGAACUUUGAUCAGCCAAAUCUCUCUAAGGCAAGACUCUUGAGGUUGUCCGAAGACUUAGCCACCUUUUGGCCCGGAACAGUCCAUGAAAAUCACCCGUCCGUACAUGAAGAACGAACCGGCCGUGUACUUCUUCUUACCGCGGGACGCGCUAUCAGUUACACCGAACCUGGACAAGAGUAG